GGUCCAUCAUAUCUUAGUUCGUAUUUUAUGCUUCUAUCUGGACGUGGUAGCUAUUAUCAUACAAUAUUUGGUUGGAUUAUCGGCUGUAAUAUUUCCGGAUACAUUUUUUUGGUCUUAAAUACUGUUCAGUGUUUAGAUAAAAUAAUUUUAUCUUAAAUAAUUUUUUGGCUGAUUUAUUUAAGAUUUUUUUGAAGAGCCCCGUCCGUACUUAUCAAGGUUUAUAGAUAAUAGAUCGUGUACUUAUCACGUCCUAACCAUCGCAUAGAGUUUAUGAACCAUCGCGGUAGUUUGUAUUUUGUUUGGUUCGUCUUGUCAGUAGCUGGUAUUUACAAUGUUGUCACGUUUUUUUAUAUGAAUAUUAUUAUUAAUUUAAAUUGUUUGCAUUCCAAUCCUUCCAUUUUUUUCAAAUCAUUAUUUUGUAUUAAUAGUUCGUCCAUCAUAAUAUUUACAUUUAAUAAUAUCGUUUAAAACAUAUAUCCUCAUAUCAAUCAGUUAUGGAAUUCGUUCGUGUCAAGAGGCGUCACGAUGAAGAUCCAUUCAACUCCAUUGUUGUAUCGCACAAAAAAUUAAAAACGAACGGUUCUAGUUUCAGUACAGAUUGUGUAUUUCAGUUUGCAGCCACCAUUAAGGAUGAAGUGAGUAUCUACUAAAAAACUAAUAAUGUUAUUAUGUUACUUAUGUUGUAUGAUAGUUUGAUUUUCAUCUUAUAAUACAAUUUCAAAAGAUCUUUUACUGCUCUUAUAUAUUCUCAUCAAUGUGUCUAAGGAUUUGUGAGAUAUUUCAAACAAUUCUUUCAAAAUCUCAAUAUUUAUUAUUUUACGAUAGUAUUAUUUGAAUUGGAUUAGCAUACUAGGAUAUUAUGAUUGCCUUUUUAAAUAAUUAAUAUUAACAUUCCCAUAUAAAUGACCUCAACUUGUCAGUAUAUACUAAUAAUAUAUAGUUUUUAUAGUAGGUUUAUAACAAUUAUAAUAUUGUUAAAAUUAAAAUAUAUAUUUUUUUAGAAUGAAAAUUUAUCACAAAUACUAAAGGAUGUACGAGAAUCAAAGUCUGUAAAAUGUUUAACGAAGAUUAACAGAAAUAAAAAUACAAACAAUGUAGUCGCACAUUCAAAAGCAGAACGUUUAAAGGUUGGGUGUACUUAUAUUAUACCUACUUAUUGCUUGUAAAAAUAACUUAUUCAAAAUGAUGUUAUGUAAUUCAAAUUUUACAUGAAAAAAUUGUACUUAUAAAACUAAGUAGAUUUAACAAUUUUAUUUAAAUAAUUUAAUGAAUUUUAAGAAAUUUUGAGAAAUGUUAUUAUUUUACCACAUACUGCAAUAAUGUUUAAUCAUAAUUCAAUAGGUAUUUCUAUUUGUUUAAAUGUAGAUAUUGGAUACACUUAGGGCAGUCAAACAAGACACUGUAACAGUUGAAGAAAAAGAUGGAGAGAAUUCCGAAAUAAAAGUUGUUGAUUUUAUUACGAAAGCAGAUGAUGAGACGAAAGCUUCAAUAGAUGAUGAAGGAAUUUCAAUAGAUUAUGUAUAUGAUGUUUAUUAUGCAUUAAAUAAUGAUAAUAAACCACUUGAUAUUGAUGAUAUCGAUAGGUAAUUAUUAUUUUGGUAAAUUUUAAUAAGGUACUAAAUAAUUUUUUUUAUUUCUAAAACAUUUAAAUAUAUACAUAUACAUUUAUAAACAAUUUUUUUAGUGUACGUGAACUUGAACCAGCCUCUUAUUAUAGUAUGUAUGAAAAUCAAAAUCACUGCUGCAGAUCUUUGCAAUAUGAAGAAGUAAAUGAUGAUGAUGCUGAUUCUGAUGCUGAUGAUAAUGAUGAUUCUAAUGAUGAAGGAAAUUGGAGAAAUGACUAUCCCGAGGAAGAUGAAAUGAUAAAUAGGUAUGAUGAAUGAUUAAAUUUGUUUUUUAACUUGAGUAAAGUUGAAGAAAUACUUAUUCAUUAAUUAAAAUAAUAAUAUAUGAAAUUAAUUUGAUAAUCAAAAUAUAUUCAUUCAGUAUUAUAAUGUGAGAUUUACUCAUAAAUAAAAUCUAGGUAAGCUAAUGAAUGUUUAAUUUGUUGAAUUUUGUAUUCUUGAUAAAAGAUAAAACUAUUAGUACCAACAUUGUUGUUCUUCUUCUUCUACUGGCAAACCCUACUCUCUAAGAGUUUUAGCCGCCAUUACUACACUUCGCCACCUAUCCCUAUCUUGGGCUGUCUCUCUCCAGUUCUCAACUCCAAGGAUUUUUAAGUCUUUUUCUACUACGUCUAUCCAUCUUUUCCUAGGUCUCUUGAUGAAGCUUGUUACUGGUGCUAAAUCCAACAUAUUGUACAGCUCUCUAUUGUACCUCCUUCGCCAAUUCCCCAUUGUUUCAUCAAAGACAGGUCCACAUAUUUUUCUCCAUACUCUGUGUUCAAAAGUUCUCAGGUUUCUUUCUACUUGUUUGGUCGUUGUCCAAGCUCCGCAGCCAUACAUGAGAGUCGAUCUUAUAAUAGCCACGUAUAGUCUUACUUUCGUUUUCCUGGACAACAUUCUGGAUGUGAAGAACUUUGUCAGUGCGUAGAACGUUUUCUGAGCUUUAUUUAUCCGCAUACUUAUUUCCCUUGACCAAUNGUAACUCACCUAUUAUAUCUAAGUCAUCAGCAAAACCGAGGAGCCGUAUCUUAUUCUGACCAAUUAACAGGCCCCCUUCACUCUCUUGUAGUAUCCUUACUACCUUCUCAAGGACAAGAUUGAAGAGUACUGGUGACAGGGCAUCCCCCUGUUUUAGUCCGGUUUCCACUGUAAAGGUUCCUGAUGUUAUAUUUUGUGUUCUUACUCUGUAUUUCGUGUUUUCCAUACACAUUUUAGUAAGCGCUAUUAGUUUUUUUGGGAAACCAAACUCGUACAUAAUGUUGUAGAGACUCUCUCUGUGGAUACUAUCAUAGGCUUUUUUAAAAUCUGUGAAUAGUUGCCACAUAUUCUGUCGAUAUUCGUACCUCUUUUCAAUAAUUUGGCUUAUUAUGGAUAAUUGUUCUGUGGUUGAGCGACCUUUCCGAAAACCGCAUUGGUAUUCACCUAGAGAGUCCUCCGCAUAUGGGACAAUGCGAUCUAGUAAAAUUCUAGAGAAGACCUUGUACGCAGAGUUCAAGAGCGAUAUCCCUCUAUAGUUGUCACAUUUUGUCUUGUCUCCUUUUUUGUGUAAUGGUAUAAUGAUUGCCUCAUUCCAGCUACCCGGUACCCGUUCUUCCAUCCAUAUUAGCUGGCACAGUCUGUGGAUUACUACAUGUAACUCCUUACCUCCAUAUUUUAUGAGUUCUGCUGGAAUAUCAUCGGUACCUGGUGCUUUCCAAUUCUUUAGGCCACUUAUUGCAAUUAUUACUUCUUCUAGACUAACAUCUUCUACGUAAGGCUUCGCUCUUUCAUAUUCGGUAUGUGAUACAGGCUGGGCUGGCAUCCUACCAUUUAGUAGUUCUUCAAAAUNUUUCUGACGUUUUCAUCUUUAAGUAACUCUAGGUUCAAUUUAGCUCUUUUGCCUUGUUUUAAUCUCGAUUGGCUUUUUAGCUUUGAUCUAAGUUUGGCGAUCACCAAGUAGUGAUCCGUGUCACAAUCGGCGCCUCUAUGACUUCUUACGUCGUGAAUGGUACUACGAUAUCUAGUUUGUAUGAGGACGUGAUCUAUUUGGUUCAGGGUUUUGGCAUCCGGUGAUCUCCACGUGACUUUAUGAAUAUUUUUAUGUGGGAACGUGGUACUACUAACAGUCAACCCAUUUGAUAUUGCAAACGCUAUCAAUCGUUGACCAUUGUCGUUGCUGUUACUAUGCAAACUUUCCUUCCCUAUACAAGGGAAGUACUGUGGUUCCCGUGUCCACAUUUUGUAUUGAAGUCACCUAAUACAAUCUUUAUCACGUUCCCAGUGAUACUCUCAUAUGUUUUAGUCAGUUCGUCGUAGAAGAUGUCUUUCGCAUUGUCAUCUUUUACUUCCGUUGGUGCAUGACCAUUUAUUAAACAAACAUUAAUUGGGCUAGUGUUGAUGGUUAAUGUCGAUAUCUGUUCGGAUACUGGAUUAAAUUCUUUAAUUCACGAUUCAAAUAUCCUAUGAACUGCAAAACCGCUACCGAAGUGAUGCGUAUUGUCCAUUCCUGAGAAGAAAAUUGCGUACUCUCCUAUCGUUAGUUGUCNGGCUAGUGUUGAUGGUUAAUGUCGAUAUCCGUUCGGAUACUGGAUUAUAUUCUUUAAUGUACGGUACUAAUAUCCUAUGAACUGCAAAACCGCUACCGAAGUGAUGCGUAUUCUCCAUUCCUGAGAAGAAAAUUGUGUACUCUCCUAUCGUUAGUUGUCCUACUCCCAACCAUCUUAUUUCUUGUAUGGCUGCUACUUUAAUGUUGUAGGUGUUAAGGACAUCAACUAAAUUUUGACUUGCACCUGUUUUAUACAUACUUGUCAGAUUCCAUGUCGCAAUCUUAAAAUCAGCAUUCCGUUUCCAUAAACCAGUCUUGAAUCCAUGUAAUCUUGUCCGAGGCUUAGGUGUAGUUGUUUUCAUAACAUAGUUCUUUUACUAGGCAGGGUUGUUAACCCUACGCUUAACCCCCAACCUGGGGGACCAGUCAACCCCAACCAAUUUAGGUCAAGGUAGGGCUGCUGCAGUUUACCAACACUGUUAAUGUUAAAAAUUAAAAACUUAAUUAAUUAAAAUCAUUUAAUCUAAUAAUUCAGUAUAGUUUUAAAAUGUUGAAUUACAUUUUGAAGAACAAUAAUAUAGUUGAUGUUUAUUAUAUUAUAGUUUUAUAUUGCUACAAUAAUGAAUAAAACCAAGUAUUAUAAUAUUGUAGCGACUAGUUAAUAUAUUUAAUGCUUGGGAAAUUUAAAGUUUAAAAAAGUUGUAGUUAUAAUUAGGUUAAAUGUAUAAAUGAAAUAUUAAAUUAAGUGCAUUGGUUUUUAUAAAUUAAUAAUUUUUAUUAACCAUAACCAUUAUUUGUGUUUAGAGUAUAUAUUAAAAAAUUAUUAAAAUAUAUAUUUGUGACUAAGGUAUUUAAAUAAUUUUAGUGAUAAUGAUGAUGAUUUUGAAAGCUUGGUUGUGCCCACAAGACGAUGGAAUAUAAAUAGUGAGUUGAAUUAUUAAUUUAUUAUAAAAAAAAACCUUCAAAUGUUGGUUAAUAUUAUUUACAUUGUAUUUUUGUCAUUUUAGAUUAUAGCAGUAGUGAUGAUGAUGAUUUUGACAACAGAGAUCUUCCCAAUGAUUAUGACUCGCGUUUGGCUAGAUAUAAAGAACGUGUAAAGGCCCAAGAACAUUAUUAUUAUAAUAACGAUAUUAAUGACAGUACGAGUGGAUCCAGUGAUUCAAAUGAUUAGAUAUGAUGUGAUUAAGAUUAUGGUUCUUCAAGUUGUAUUUUUAUACCUAUACUAAUUAGAAUAUGAAUAAGUUGUGUUCACGAUCAAUUUUAAAAUUUGAUAUUUUAUGUUAGAAAAUGCGUAUUUUUAAUAAAUCAUAAUAAAUAUUAAUUCAUUUAUUAUUGGUAUUUUAUACAUUUUAUUUUCAAAGUUUAAUGGCAGUUUUAUUAAGUAUUACUGUUUGUAUUCGGUUUGGCUGCAAGUUAAUUAUAAGACACAUGGACUGUCAACGGUCUCAACAGUUGGAAGGCAAUUAAAUUAAGAUUUGUUGUACAAAGUAAAAUCAUUUUGAUAUUUUUAGUAAUAUAUCGAUAUGGUAACUUGAAG